CGCGCCGGGCCGGGGCCGCGGCCGCGCAGAGAAAUCUGAAAAAAUGUCAGAAAAUCUCAAAUCCAGCAAGACCACCUUGAAAGGUCCGAAAACAACACCAAAGAAACAAAAAGGUAAAAAGGAUGAAGUUGAUCUUUCUAUGGCCAGUAUUGGCCACCCAGAAAUCUUUCCUUUGCUUUUGACUGCAAAGACCCAAGAAAUUUUCAAUUGCCGAUCUGAUGAAGAUGUCACAGAAGAAAAUUGUUUCAAGUGUAUUAAAAAAGAGGACAUAAUUCAAGACCUGAAAACAAGAGCUAAAACUUCUGAUUUCCACCCUCUCAAAAAAGUUAUCCUAGAAUAUCCAGGGGAAGAACUCUUGCUAGUUUUUGAUCCAAACUUCCAGUAUGGACAGAACUUUUACAUUGUUGCUUCUGAAGAAGCCAAGGAAAACCUUCUAAAGUCUUUAGCAACUGAGGAAGAAAGAGAAGAAACAGAAGAAAAUAGAGAGGAAACUCUGGAAGUCCACAAACCCUGGGUUUCCCUUGGCAGCGAAAAGGAAGUUGAAGAAGAAUCUGUUAAAGAAAGGGAUGCAAAGAUUAAGUACAAGAUCUCCCGAGUUCGCAGGAAGUUUGGUGCACCAAUUACAUUUACUAACAAGAACGCUUCUGAUGACAAAGACAGCUAUGCUGAAUGCACGGCCUACAAAGACGAUACUUUCAGUAUUAAAAUGCUUGAAAGGGAUGUGGGGGUGCAAAUGGUUCCAAAACUAAGAGAAACUAGUACUCAGACAAAAUGGACCUAUCCAAAAAACGCAUCCACGCAGUAUUUUCCUAGGGAGUUGUCAGAUGAAGCAAAAGCAGAGAAUCUGUCAUCUGAGACGCUGAAAGAUUUUCUUACAACAGUACAUUUAAGAAUGGAAAUUGCAUUGCAGCAAAAUGAAAUUAUGAACGUUUUUUUUGAUGACUGGAAGGCCCUAGCAGAAGACCAAGAAGAAGACAAGCCAGAUGUUUAUCUUAAAGCAUACCAAUCAUUUACAGAUGUGCAGUAUCUCAGGAACAGAACCAUUAGCUGUGUUCGCUGGCAUCCAACCAUUUAUGGGAUUAUAGCACUGUCAGCAAGCGAGCAGCCUUUGUAUGAAGAGCAAGUUAACCUUUCUAAUAAAUCAUUGCUACACCAGUCAGUUAUACUUCUCUUGAGUUUUUUUGACCCUAUCUGCCUCCAGUUGGUGUUGAAAGCUCCUGAAGAUAUUUACUGCUUUCAGUUCAGUCCAAGUGAUCCAAAUAUCAUUGCUGGUGGCUGUGUUGAUGGACAGGUUGUACUGUGGGAUAUUUCUAAACAUGAAGAAAAGUUGCUAAGUGCAAGACCCGUUGCUGAUGAAAUCAUUGACUCGUCAGAGGAUGAGCCAAGAGCAGCAGCAGAGCUAUUACCUAUGCAAAUCCAGCAGAGUAACACAGAGCCACCUCUAGUGAGACACUGUGCAGCCUCUUCCACUCCAUAUAGUCAUACAAGGCAUGUAACAGAUGUACAUUGGCUCCCAGGUAACUCUGAGGACAACCAAAAGGGUGGUACUUCUGAAAGAAAUGAAAACUACCUGCAGCUUGUAACCUGCUCCCCUGAUUGCUCAGUAUUAUUUUGGGAUAUUCCAUCCAUUGAACAUCGUGAAAAAUUUUUAUAUGAGAAAAUAAAGGAGGAGAAAAGAUCUCACAUGCCCCCCGAUGUUCCAGAUACUGAUGUGGAUUUAGAUCUCUCCUGGAAACCUCUCAUAAAGAUAAAUCUGCGUGAAAGGGAUACCAACACAGAGUAUGGUCCCACCAGAAUUAGUUUAAGGGAACUGCAGUAUCGUUACAACCCCCCAGGGAAAGCAAAAUCUCUGAGUGCACUAAGAGCACCCAUCAAAGAGAGGCCAUAUACAGAGAUAAGUGCUUCUUCAAGCAAAAAUUUGGUAGUGCUACAGAAUAUAUCCACAGACUUUUUUGCUGGAAAUGAAGAUGGAGAAAUUGUUUAUUCUAAGUGGAAAAAGAAAAUUGAUACUAAUUCAGCAAAACCAGUUAUUCAGAAGUACUCCCAGAAAUACGCCCUCCACACCGAAACUAUCAACACUCUCCAGAAAUCUCCAUUUUUUAAAGACAUCUUUCUAAGCAUUGGAGGCCAGAAGUUUGCCAUUUGGAAAGAAGGAGUUACAAAUGGACCAAUCCUUCAGUCAAGCUGCUCUGCAGGAAGAUACACUGCGGGACAAUGGUCCUUAACAAGACCAGGAGUUUUCUUCAUUGGCAGAGACAAUGGAAAUAUAGAUAUUUGGGACUUACUGAAGAAAACUCAUGAGCCAUCUCAUUUCCAGAACAUCUCCAAAUCAAUCAUCACUUUCAUCAGCCCCUCCAGUGCCUCAGCAGAGCAGCAUUUUCUGGCUGUUUCUGACAAUCUUGGAGUUCUGCAUAUUUUGGAAAUCUGUCAUACACUAUGUCACCCUUCGAGUAAUGAGCAUGCCAACAUACUUGAUUACUUUGAAAGAGAAGCCAAAUAUCUGAACUACUGUGAACAGGAGUUUAAAGAGUAUCAAAAGUUUCAAGCCAAAACAGAAUUGAAAUGCAGCUGGAGACAGAGAAAACAGUACGUUAUACUUGGAAUUGAGAAAAUUUUCUAUGUUUCUUUGUAUCUUUAA